AUGAGAAUCAGCAACUUGGUUAUCGCGGCCUCCGCCGCCGGCAUGGUCAACGCUCUCCCCAAGCGUGAGAUCAAGAAGCGUUCUUCUGGAUUCACCUUCUUCGGUGUCAGCGAGUCUGGUGCUGAGUUUGGUUCUGGCGUUGGUACUCUGGGAACCACCUACACCUGGCCCACGACCAGCCAGAUCCAGAUCCUGAGAGAUGCGGGCAUGAACCUGUUCCGUAUCCCCUUCCUGAUGGAGCGUCUCACCCCCGACAGCAUCACUGGCUCGUUUGCUUCUACCUACCUGAGCGACCUCAAGUCGACCGUCAAGUUCGUCACCGACAGCGGAGCUUACGCCGUUCUCGACCCCCACAACUACGGAAGAUACGACGGAUCCAUCAUCACCUCCACCUCUGACUUCCAGACCUGGUGGAAGAACGUCGCUGCCGAGUUUGCCGACAACGAGAAGGUCAUCUUCGAUACCAACAACGAAUACCAUGAUAUGGAGCAGUCCUUGGUUCUGAGCCUCAACCAGGCCGCUAUCGACGGUAUCCGUGCCGCAGGCGCCACCUCCCAGUACAUCUUCGUUGAGGGUAACAGCUACUCUGGUGCCUGGACCUGGACCGAGUACAACGAUGACCUGUCCGGCCUGACCGAUACUGAGGACAAGAUCAUCUACGAGAUGCACCAGUACCUCGACUCCGAUGCCUCGGGUACCUCGGAGACUUGUGUCAGUUCCACCAUCGGUAAGGAGCGUCUUGAGAGCGCCACCGAGUGGCUCCAGACCAACAGCAAGAAGGGUAUCAUCGGAGAAUUCGCUGGUGCUGUCAACACCGUCUGUGAGGAGGCUGUUGAGGGCAUGCUUUCUUACAUGUCCGAGAACAGCGAUGUCUGGGUGGGUGCCUCUUGGUGGUCUGCCGGUCCCUGGUGGGGAUCCUACAUGUACAGCAUUGAGCCCUCUGAUGGCCCGGCCUACUCGACCUACCUUCCCAUCCUGGAGAAGUACUUCCCCGAUGGUAACUCGACCACUGCUUCCAGCUCCGCUGCUGCAUCAGUCGCUUCUGCCACCUCUGCCGUUGAGCAGACCACCACCGCUGCUCCCCACCCCGAGGUCUCGACCACCUCCGCCGUCUCCGUUGCUGCUGCCGCCCCUUCUAGCAGCUCUGCCGCCACCACUUUUGCUACCUCCACCAAGUCUAAGUCCCCCUGCAGAUUGCACAGCACCAGCGCUGCUGCUUCCGCUUCCGCUUCCGCCCCCGCCUCCGCCACCAGCAUCGUUGUUGUGAGCCAGCCCACCACCACUGUCGUCGCCGUCCAGCAGUCCACCACUGCCGUCGCCGUUCAACAGUCCACCACUGCCGUUGUCGUCGAGCAGCCCACCACCACUGCUGCUGCCGUCGCUGCCACCACCCCUGUUGUCACCCCCAGCCCCGUCACCUCCAGCGUGGUUGCUGCCAGCGGCAGCGCCGGUGUCAGCGACCCCCAGGGUGCUGAGGCCACCAACUCUGCUGGUCAGGUCAAGCAGUACUACCAGUGCGGUGGAAUCAACUGGACCGGACCCACUGAGUGCGAGAGCCCCUACACUUGCGUCGAGCAGAACGCCUACUACUACCAGUGCGUUGCCUCGAACUAG